GAGCCUUCGGUCGACAUAUUAUCUCUUGUUCAAGCCGUGGUCCAAGAUCCUAUGCCACCAUGUUCGGCGACCAUUGCCCCCUAGUCGUUACCCCCGCUCAGCUACACAAUCUCCAGGCUGAGAACAAAUCCGCGUCCCAGGAUCUGAUCGUGCUCGACGCGUCAUGGCACAUGCCCACCUCCCCCCGCAAAGGCGAUCAAGAGUAUCUUGCUGCCCAUAUUCCCUCUGCGAGGUUCCUUGACAUAGAUCGCGUCGCGUCCCCUCACCUACUGAACCUCGCGCAUAUGAUGCCCGACCCCCAGACGUUUGUGGCCGCUUGCUCAAAACUAGGCAUCGCCCCUUCUACUCAUGUUGUCAUCUACGACUCGCAUGGCGUGUUCUCUUCACCAAGGGCACUGUACAUGUUCCGCACCUUUGGCCACAACAGGUCGAGCAUUCUGGACGGUGGACUUCCCGGCUGGCUAGCCCACGGUGGCAACAUUGAACAAGGGGAACCGAAAGUCGUUCCUCACUCGAAAUACGCUGCCCCUACGCUCAACCAGGAAGCGGUGAAGGAUUAUGAGCAGAUGGUAGCGAAUGCGGAACUCGAUCCUUCUCACAGCCCGGACGCGUACUAUGUCCUCGACGCCCGUUCCAAAGGCCGCUUCCUCGGUACUGAUCCCGAACCGCGGCCUGGGCUGUCUUCAGGACACAUCCCGCACUCCAUUUCUCUCCCGUUCAACACUUUCCUGGAGACCCACGCUGUGCCAGAGGACAUAGCUUCCAACAUUAUCAACAACAUAUCACUCAAGCUUCUACCCACGUAUACCCGCCUGCGUUCCACGCAAGGCAUGCUUUUCGCUCUCGAGGAAUCGCUUGGGCACGAACGUGCCAAAGAAGUCCUGGAGGGUAAGCGUCAGGUGGUCGCCAGUUGCGGGAGCGGCAUGACUGCGGGAGUCAUCUGGCUAGGACUCAAGUUGCUCGGUGUAGAGCGUGUCGGGAUUUAUGAUGAAUCCUGGACUGGCUAUGCGAUGCGACCUGGGAGCAAGAUCGUCAAAGGAGAGUAGAAGACUACGUAGCGUAGGCAUGAGAUCUGAUCGUGACUGUCAAUACGCCGCUACUGCCGUAUCAGACUCUUCUCGUG